AUGAAGAAUUUACAAGAGAGAACCGACUUGGAACAGAUGGAAGAUCACAGGAUAGACGUGUUUAAACCAAUUCUAGAAUCCAACAAAAAACUUCAAGAAGAGAUAAUUGAUGAAAAGAACAAAAUUGUAGAAACUUUGAACAACUUUAAACACCCUUCUCAACUUUCAAUAGGUCCUGCAAGCACGUCAACACCAAAGACAAAUCGUAAAAGCCUCAUUAAGCAGCCCUCAGUAAUAUUACCACCAUCUCUACCUAGUUCUUCUCAACCACAUGUAGUAAGUAAUCUAAUUGCGGGCUAUCUUCAAGAUGGAUCUGAUAGAAGCAAUGCUGGGUACUCGAUCAAGUAUAACAAAGAUGAGAAAAAAUAUACCAUAGGAAAUAAAUUCAUCUCAUUUGAUCAAAAUAUUAUCAAGGUUAAUAAUGAUGAAUACACAGCAACUGAAGGAUUAAUGGAACUUUUAAUUAAAAAGUCUCCCAACUUGAAAAAAGUUAGUACAGAAGAUACUAAAAACUACCAAACGAUAUUAUUAUGUUCUAAUGGGUUGUAUCAAGGGUUUGAUAAAAAUAGUAAAAGGUAUAAUGCAGAUUCAAGUGAAAAGUGGGCGUUUAUAAAGGCUAAUUAUUUCGUAACCAAGACCCCGACAGCGACAUCAGGAAGUUCUCAAGGAAGUUCUAUUACAUUUAUGCCAUCAAAUACUAAUUCUUUAAUUGACUCGUUGAGAUUAUCAAUUGGGUCAUAUCAGGCUGGUAAUAAAGAUGAGUAUAAUAAAAUUCAUGCCAUAUUGGAUGAGCUAGUAAAACAGAAAAAGAUUAAGAAGAAAGACUUGGGAGUAAUUUACUUGAAUAUUGCCAGAAUGUACAUUAGCGAUCAAGAUAAAACCCCUUUGAGGAUCAAUAAAAGAAAGUGGGUUAAACAACAUAAUUUUUCAACACAAACUCUAUACGACGGCUUGUGGGCAUUAGCAAAAGAAAUGGACGUUAGUAGUUACAUAGACAGAAAACCCCAAAAUAUUGCUGUAGAUAAUAUACAUUCGGGAGAUUCAAGAGAUUCGCGAGGUAGUCAUUCGGGAGGCACUCAAGACUUAAAGUUGCAUAAACCCUGUUCCAGAAGCAGUUCCACAAGUAGUUCCACAAGUAGUUCCACAAGUAGUUCCACAAGUAGUAGCAUGAAUAACUUGCACAGUAGUAUGAGCAACUUGAGUGAAUUGUAUGAAGGAUCUAGAUUCGAAAUGGUGGGACAAGAGAGUUGUACUAAAAUUAAUCUUCUCAAACCAGUGAUCCAAAGAUAA